AUGCUGAACACCUUGAAGAAAAGUGGCAUACUUGUUCCCGAAGGGUUCAUUCCGGUACGGACCUGUUCAGAUGAUCAGGGCCAAGAUAUUCCUUUCGAUUACUUCUUCUACAAGUUCCUCUCAGGUUCAACCUGGCGUAUACCCAAGCAUCCUCUCAAAUCAUUAAGCCUUCCAGAAGACAAAUUCCUACAGCUUAUUGAGGGCUAUGGUCAGAUACAGAUCAAGCUUUCCGAACUUCAACUUCCUGUCGACCAGAUCGGCUGUCUUCGGUCUGGCUCACAGCCUGGGAACAUUGAGGUUGGACCUAUUAUAGCUCGAGGUUGUUUUCAGACUCCUCAGCCACCGUAUCUCCUUGGACGGUUCUCCAGCAUGAAAGAUCGAUAUCUCGCUCAUAUUAAAGCAGCCCUGGACUACAUCCUGUUAGGAGCGAUAUGUCAGUCCGAUCCCAUAGACGCAUAUCUUUGGCACCUCGAAUUAGAAGAAUUGGUCAAUCACAGUGCUGUUUUAGCACAACCACUUCAGGAAGUAUUUGUCAACCAUGAUGAUGAAAAAGGUGACCACCUGAUGUGGAAUGAGGAAGGAAAAAUACUAGGAGUGCUGGAUUGGGAAUGGGCAUACGUGACAAGCAAAGGAGAAGCGUUCUCCUCCGCUUACAUAUUCUACGAGUCUUGGAAAUACAUUAGAGGCGAUAACACUGUCACCAAAGAGGAGAAUAUGUUGAUUGAUUACUAUGAAUGA